CGCGGCUGUGGGUGUCUGACCUCUGGGUUUAAGAAGGCUAAAGCUUCACUCAAACUGUGACUAGAAUGGACAGUUACUUUAAAGCUGCAGUCUGUGACUUGGACAAACUGCUUGAUGAAUUUGAACAGAAUACAGAUGAAUGUGAGUGCUUCAGAACACCUCAAAGUCCAUAUGAGUCAAAGCUUUCUUCAGUCCUGGACUGCUUGGAGCAUGCACACCCCACACCAGGGCAGCCAGAGGAUCCUGCCAGAUGUCCUGCCCCAGAGCAGAGCUCUCUCUGUGCCCCUGCAGGCAUGGGCAGCGUGCUCAGUUACUCCCCACCCAAAGAGAAGGGUGUUGCUGGACCUGACCUUUUGUCCACUCUGGACAGUAGGCCCCUCAGUGAAGCUCAGGCUUUGAAGCUGGGAAGGUGUAGCAUACCUGUGUGUGAUCUAGUUAGUGACACAGCAAAUUUAAUCCACUCAGUGUCUGCUGCUGAGGGGGCUCAGAAGCUGCAGCGGGAUGACCUCCAGGACAUCCAAGGGCCUGCUGGCUGUGACAUGUCUUGUGUCCCUCUUCCUACUUGUGUGACAUCACCUGGCUGCACUGGGGCUGCCAGCACAAGCCACAGUGAUGGGGACUCAGUGUUACAAGAUAUAGGGCAUCUUACAACAGAACAAAGUAAUAAUUUUGCUUUAAAAUCAGAGAAUUAUGCUGCAGGAGCAGUCCUGGGUCUGUGCAAUGAUCACCACAGGACAGAACCUAUGAGGUGCAGUGAAAUACUCGACCACCCUGGACAAGCUGCUGCCCUGGAUACUGAAUGUGUCAUUGUGGCACCACACAGUUUGAAUGCAUACAGUCCCAAAGAUGAGAAAGCCUGUGAAAAGCUGCCUUUAGAAUCACAAGACAACAGCACAUGCUAUGCAGCAAGCACAGAAUUGUGUGGAGGAAAUGCCAUAGGAGAGGUGGACCCAAACAAUGGGAGUAAUGCUGAUUCCAUGCCUUCAGAUCUGCCAAAGAGGCAUCUCUUGCACAACAGCAAUACAACAUCACCUGGAAAUUGUGUCUCACUAGGCUGCUCGUGUCAAAUAGGAGCUGAAGUAGAAUUGGAAAAGAAAGGCACAGAAGAGAAUGUAGAUAAAGAGCUUAAUAGCAGUGAGAUAGUAAGCAGUGUUUCUGGUUCAUGUAUGUCAGCUGAGGAUGUCCAGGCAUCUCUGUCUUGUCUUUCCCUUCCUGUGUCCAUGUGUGGUUCAUCAGUUGUAACAGAAGAAAAGGUUAAUCCUCUACCUCAGAAUGCAGUGGCAGAGGUUAUUAAUGAUCCUGUAACUGUUCAUGCUGCAGAGUCUAAAAUCCACCUCCCUGGCAAGGAAUCCUGUGAAAAUACUAGCUGGCAUCAGCAGGAAGAUUUAACUGAAAUGAAUGAAAGUAUUGCAGAAAAUAGUAAGGAUGGAGAGAAGUGUAGUAAUGAGAAUGUAACUGAUGAUGGUGAUUCUCAGCAAAUCAAAGCCUUUGCUUCUGGUUUUCUAGACCUUGGAGCUGAGCCGUCUGGUGUUGUUGUAGACACUUUUUAUGAUGAGAGCAUGAGCUCUGUUAUGGCUGACUUUACUGUUGAGGAGGAUGUUAUUAAAAGUGAUAUUCUAAUAAGUGAUGCUGAGCUUGAUGAUUUCUUGUAUGGACAAAGUGUGCAAUCCAGUGUGUUGAAGUCAUCAGACAAUGAUGGUAACUUGAUGGAAGCUGAUGCAGAUGGAGGGAAUUUAACAGAUCUGAACACCCUGGAUUUCACAGAGGUCAAUGAAGAAUUUAUGCAAACAAAAUUGGAGGAGAUAAUGAGCAUUGAUAGUAACCUUAAAGCAUCUGUUCCUGGCAGUGAAGUGGAAGCUGCAGCAAAAGUCAGCAUGUCUCACAGCCAGGGCAUGACUGAGAGUGGCAGUGGAGCUGUGGCUUCUGAUGUUUGUACUAAACGUGCUAGACCAAAGCAGUUGCUUGACCUUUCCCAAGGAGCUGCUGGUCAGAAACAACUGAAUAAAAUACAUGAACCUGAAAGAGAAAACCAGGAAUCUGGUUCUGUUACUGCUGAAGCUCCCCUCUCAGACACUGGUGUAAAUGUUGGUAAUUAUUCUGACGCUGGGGAAAGCAGCUCGGAAGCUGGAGGAAGUCAAACAUCUGAAAGCUCUGAAUCGCGUAGAACACCUGCAGUUCUGUCGUGGAAGCAGCCCCUGUGGGUCCCAGACUCUGAGGCACCCAACUGCAUGAACUGCCAGGCCAAAUUCACCUUCACAAAGAGACGACACCACUGCCGAGCCUGUGGCAAGGUUUUCUGUGGUAGCUGUUGCAAACGAAAAUGCAAACUGCAAUACAUGGAGAAGGAAGCAAGAGUCUGCACUGGCUGUUAUGAUGAUAUUAACAGAGCACAGGCAUUUGAAAGGAUGAUGAGUCCAACUGGUCCUGUCCCAAAUUCUAGUGUCUCCUCUGAACAUUCUCCCGCUGUUCCACCGGUGGAGGAGGCCCAGGUACCUGGUAGUGCCAGCUCUCCUUCACCAUCUGCACUGUUGCCCAUCUCAGCCCUUAAACAACCUGGUCCUGAAGGGCUGUGCCCCAGAGAGCAGAAGAGGGUUUGGUUUGCAGAUGGUAUUUUGCCCAACGGUGAGGUGGCAGACACAGCAAAGCUGUCCUCAGGAGCAAAGAGGUCUCAGGACUCCAGCCCAGUGAACGUGGAGCUGCCAGAGACACCCAUGGCUGCAAACACAGAGGAAGAUGACCUGAUAACUGAAUUAAACCAAAAACUGAAGGAAGAAAUAGAUAAGAUUACAAGAAUGGAGGAAUUGCAUCCUUCUGUUCUUUCAGAUGGUGCACAGCAGGCCAUUCCAGGGCAGAGUGAGGUGGCACCUGGUUACAAAUCUGCCCCUCUAGGAAGUGAAGAGUAUUCCCCUGCAGCCGCUGAGAAGAGCAGUCCCAGUUCAAUGGAGCAGAGCACACGGGGUGUGCCUGUCACUGCUUCAAGUUACAGAGCACUGUGUGGGGUAGAAAACUGGGUGCCAUGAGAGAUCAGCCUUCUUCCUGAUGGUGAUCAGCUGCCACCACUUCUGCUUGCACUGGCUGAAAAGGGGACAGAUCUUCUGGUGGAGGAACAUCCAUGUCACCAAAAGGUCACCUUGCUGCUUGGGGAAGGAGGUCCUAAUCCACUGACUUUUAUUCUAAAUGAAAACCUGCUUUUCAAUGUGAAGCUAAUAACAUAUUCCUCAGAAAAGUGCUGGUGCUUCUCAACAAAUGGUCUGCAUGGUUUGGGUCAGGCAGAAAUUGUCAUUCUGUUGUAGCGUUUGCCAGAUGAAGAUGUAUUCCCUAGUGAAAUAUAAUUAUUUCUUGACAUCUAUAAAGAUGUAAUGAAAGCAAAGUUCAUAAAAAAUAUGGAAAACAUUACUUCCACAGAAAACUUUCUCAGCAACAAAGAGCAUGGAGGAUUCCUGCUUGUUUCACCAAUUUUGCAGAAACUUGAUGAACUGAUUUUACCAGAUAACCCUUUUUGUUGUGGUAUUCUUAUCCAUAAGGUGGAAAUACCCUGGGCAAAAGUGUUUGCAAUCCGUUUGAUGCUGAGACUGGGAGCAGAAUAUGGGGCCUAUCCAACUCCUCUGGUAAGUGUCAGGCACUGGAAGCCACUCUUUGGAGGCAUUGGGCACAUGAUUAUUAAACUACUUGUUGACCUUAGAAAUUACCAGUAUACUUUGCAUGCCAUAAACAACCUGUUUGUUCAUGUGGAAAUGGGUAGAAACUGUAUUAAAAUACCUUUAAGGAAGUACAAUGAGGUGAUGAAGGUGAUCAGUUCCUCUAAUGAGCAUGUAAUUAGCAUUGGAGUUUAGUUUUAGUUUUUAGCAUGAAGUUUUAACACUGAGGCAGAUUCUCACCUGGUGUGUGUGCAGAACAAGCAGGGCCUCUAUCAGACACAGGCCAUCAGUGCCAUGGGACAGCCCAGGAAAGUUAGAGGUGUAAGUUUUGUAGUGUUUAAUGGAGCCUUAGAAACAUCUUCAGGAUUUUUAGCUAAAUCCAGUAUAGUUGAAGAUGGACUAAUGGCACAAAUAACACAAGAAACAAUGGAAAGCCUACGUCAGGCAGUAAGAGAUAAGGACUUCAAAAUAACCUGUGAAGAAAUGGAUGCAGGGGACAAGAAAGAAUACGUAGAUAUUUGCUGGGUAGAAAAUGAAGAGAAAACAAACCGAGGUUGAUGGAUUUUUUUUUUUCCAGUUGAUGGAAAAUCAAUGGAAGGAAAUCAGAGUGAAAAAGCACCACAGUACAAAGACUUCGAAAGAGAGGGGAAAGUUAUUAAGUGCACUGAAGUUUACUGUUUUGCAAAGGAUCAUGAACAAUCCAGUGCUGUUGCCCACCAGUUUGCAAAAGAGAUUGCCGUUGCCUCCAACACUGCUCUUUGCCCUCACCUUAAAACCUUGAAAAAUAACGGGAUGAGUAAGAUAGGACUCAGAGUUUCUAUUGACUCAGACAUGGUUGAAUACUUAGCAGGAUCUGGAGGGCAUGUUCUUCCACGGAACUACCUGAAUGACUUGGACAGUGCUCUGAUUCCUGUGAUUCAUGGUGGAAUGUCACAUCCUGCAGCUCUGCCACUGAAAAUGGAAUUAGUAUUUUUCAUUAUAGAACACCUGUUUUGAUGAGGCGGAUUACACUCAUAUACUGAUUUGCUAGAUCUGAACACCAAAGCUGUAAUGCUACAAACUAAAAAUGUUACAAAGUUUCUAAA